CUCGCUGCACUUGCACUUUUUCUCUUCUCCAUUUCUCUAUCCGCUGCACGAGGCGACCUGUAGCCACAGUCGCCGCCUCAAUUUGUACGGACCACUGUAGAAGCUCUCUCGGAUUCCGGCUACACAGCCAUGUCUCUCACAAUUCAGCUCAUAGCCGAUUCUGAUCUCUUCUUCCACUCCGACUUGACAACCAACUUUACUUCCACCUUCACAAUCUUCACUCCGCCGGACUCCGCCUUCGAGGCUUUUGGGCAGCCGUCUCUCCCACACCUCCUUCUCCACUUUGCCCCUAUCUCGCUUUCAUCCACUUCCCUCCGCUCUCUCCCAUACGGCUCCAAAAUUCCAACUCUAACCUCCUCCAGUCCGCUGUACGUUACUACAUCUCGCCCCGACGGAUCUACGGUUUCCAUCAAUGGGGUCAACAUCUCCGGCCCUCCCAUUUUCGAUGAUGGUUCUGUGGUCGUCUUCCCUAUCGACGACUUUUUCCGCCCUAAUUUCAGCCUCCAGAUUGCGGGAGAACCAAGCUCGUGUUCGAAUCCUCGCCCCCGAUGCAAAUUGCAACCGUUCUCGCAACUACAGGACGCAUCCGCUGCACUGAAAUCUAGAGGCUAUCUCAUUAUGGCCUCAUUUCUGGAUCUGCAGAUCUCCGGAUUUCUGAACCCCUCUCCGUUGAAAUUGACUGUGUUUGCGCCGGUGGACGAGGCUUUGGUUAUGUAUUCCGGCGAUGUGUUAAUGUACCAGUCAAUUUUCAUGAGGCACAUUCUACCUUGUGUACUUCCAUGGGCAGAGCUGAACGAGCUCGGGAAGGGUACUGGAACAGUUUUCAAGGAUAACGGGAACGGGUUUACCAUAAACAUAGCCAGCGACAAUGGCUUAGUUUUUGUGAACGGGGUUAAAAUCUCAUUUCCGGACAUGUUUACAAAUGAUUGGAUCGUGAUCCAUGGUCUCCAUGAUAUGAUUGCUCUGCCUGAAGAGACCAAUAUGGGAAGAGAAGAUUCAGCUAUGGGUUCUGAGAGCAAAAUUCAGGAAUCCAUUUCACCAGAUCGCAGUGAAUUCUGAGUUGGCGGCAUCUUGUCAAAUGAUGAUUUCUAUACGUUUUGGUAUUCAGAUUUCAUUAGUGGCCUUAGAAAGGAUUAGACUUAAUUUGCAGUUGAAUUGAAUUUUCGUUUUAGCGUGUCAUUGAGUUGCCGUUUCUGUUAAUGUUGAUCAGGAUGCACAGGAUGAUGACCAUUGCACUGUAGCUUUACGGUUCAAGCAAAGCACUGGGCAUGCCAAUAGUCGUUUUAUCGUCACUGUAAGAAUGGAGAGGAUUGCAUUUAUGUUUUAGCUGUUGCAAUUGCAACAUCUCAUGGCUUUCAUCACCAAUCUCUUGUUAUAGUAUUAGACCAUUAUUGGCUUUCAUCACCAAUCUCUUGUUCUAGUAUUAGACUAUUAUCCCG